GCUACAUUAGCCACUGCAAUUGAUCAAGACGAAGUCGCUGCAGUCACUGCUCUUUAUGGUGAUAUCAAUGGUCAUUUAUCAGACUAUUUAAACUAUAUCCAACAAGGUAAUGCCCUACCAGAUGGUUUAUUAAACUUAUACCAAGAAGCUCAAACUUAUACAGAUGAUUCUUACACCACUUUAUUAUCAACUGUUGAUUUCAACGCCGUUGAAGGUUUCGUUACAGGUUUACCAUGGUAUUCAUCAAGAUUAGCUGGUGCUUUUGCAAGUGCCACUGGUGAAGGUGCUGCUACUACUUCAAGUGCUCCAGAAACAAGUAAAGCUGCUUCUUCCUCUGCUGCUGCUCCAACAACUUCAAGUAAAGCUGCUGCUUCUUCAUCUGCUGCUCCAGUCACCUCU